UGUCAGCUGAUAUUUUAGUGCUAACGGAAAAAAACAAAGCUUAAUUUAAUACAAAGUUGUUAUAUCAAGUAAAUUCAGAAAAAGAACAAUUAAGUGAAUCAUCGAUUAUUCCUUUGAAAUUUUUAAACGUUUAUUUACAAUUAAUUGACGUUGUCUGUUCGUUCUGAAAAUGACCUCCUCUCUAGAUCAAGCGUGGAAUCUAAUAACAAAAACUCCUUCUUGGUUUGGACAGGCAGAUUUUAACAAGAAAGAAGUUGAUGAAGCAAUUAGGAUAAUUUCAAUCAAUGGGCUUUUACAAAUUUCUCAAGAAUGGUAUUUAUCGUCUUUCCGUGAUCACAUAUUGACAAACAUUUGUCCAUCGUUUUGGGCGCAUUUUAAAAAAGCGUCUGAAGAUGAAACUGAGCCGUGUUCUUUAUUUCAAGUUUUUGAUGCUUUCAAAUAUCUUCAUACUUCGUGUGGUCUUUGGUUGGAUAACCAAUUAAUUCGAGGAUUGUUUGUUAAUCAAUGUGAUACUCUAGAUGAUUUUCGCAAAAAGAUGAAAUACUUAAUUAAAUCGUUACUUUUCUUCAAAAUUGAACAAAUCUUCAACGCUUACAUCUUAACUGUUUAUACUUAUGGAUUUAAAGUUUCAAAAUCACUCAAUCCUUUUUCUUUGGAUGAAAAUUCUGAUAAAGAUGAAAGUCAAGAGAUGGACUCAAGUGGUAAUCUAGAAGGAGAAUGCAUGAUUUGCAAAGAAAUUCUGUCUUCAGUUGAUUCUUCUAGUUAUAAAGAUAUGAUUCUAUCAACUGACGAAAACCGAAUGGAUGAUGGCGAUGAUGACAGAACAUGUCAUUGUCAAUUCAUAAUGAAAUUAUUUAUUGAAAUGAAUGACGCUCUACGAGAUUUAGACCUGUUAGACGAAAUCAGUGGUGAUGCUGUCGCCUCAGUUAUCCAUAAUCAUAUCGAGGCAUAUGUUAUUGAAAAGUGUAAAAAGAGUUUUGAGGAAUCGUUUCUCAAAAAAUUAGAAGUUUGGAUCCGUAAUGUAAUUUUUAAAUGGCGUCGAUUAGUUUUUGGUGAUAAUCAAGCUUUAAUAACCAAGGCAUCCGAUGAAAGAUUAAUGCAUUUUAUGCAUGAAACUUAUGCUCAAAUGAGAACAAGCCAAAUGUUUGAUAUAAUCAUCGAAUAUCCUGACUCAGAACCUGCUCUUGAAGACUUGAAAGAAUGUCUCGGAAAAUGCCAUGGAACUCGUACUAAAGUUAUCAAUUCUAUAAAAGAUUCAUUCGAAGCUCGUCUUCUUCAUCCGGGAGUUACUACAAAUGAUAUUCUCACGGCAUACAUACAAACGAUCAAAGCUCUUAAGGUUCUUGACCCAAGUGGUGUCAUUUUGGAAAUAGUUUGUGAUCCAAUCAAAAAAUAUCUCAAAAGUCGUGAAGAUACUGUGCGAUGUAUCAUCACAGCUUUAACUGAUGAAAGUUCUGAACUUGUGCCCGAGCUUGCUAAGGAUGUUUCUCAAACAAUUGACGACGUAGCCACCAUGACUGAUGACGAAUUAAUUGGUAAAAAUUGGAAAUCUUGGAAACCAGAUCCAGUAGAUGCUGGUAGUCUUGGUCGCUCUAAAUCAGUCCGUCAGUUUGACAUUGUUAGCAUUUUGGUGAAUGUUUAUGAAAGUAAAGAUCUUUUUGUUGAGGAAUAUCAAAGACUAUUAGCUCAAAGGUUUUUGCACAAUUUUGAAUGUAACGUAGAUCACGAAAGGAGAAAUCUUGAACUUUUAACUCUUCGUUUCGGUGAAUCUGAUUUACACUCUUGUGAAGUUAUGCUUCAAGAUAUUUCAUCUUCCAAAAGAAUAGACAAUCGAAUAAAUGCUGGUGAAAUCGAAGCACAUCACUGGACUCAUUUUCCAAUUAAAUGUCUUAUUUUGUCUGCUCAAUUUUGGCCCGAUAAAUUAGGAUUGAAUCCAAAUGAAGAAGCUAAUAAGCUAAAACUGCCGCCUCCGGUUCAAGAGUCGAUAAAAACGUAUACUCAAGCUUUCGAAACUAUCAAAGGAAGUCGUACGUUGAACUGGUUACCUCCUUUAGGAUCAGUCGAUCUCGAAUUAGAUUUUGGUUCACCAGAUAAGAAACAAUCGUUCACUGUGUCGCCGAUUCAUGCUGCCAUUAUUUGGCAAUUUCAAGAAAAAGAAUCUUGGAAUCUAUCCGAGCUUAGUCAAAGUCUUUCAGUUUCUACGGCUUUACUGAGAAGAAAAAUAAGCUUCUGGCAAAACAAAGGAAUCAUCAGAGAACUUUCAGGCGAUCGUUUUGUUUUAAUUGACAACCAAACUCAAUCGUGUAUAGCUCAAAGUGAAUUCCUUCUCAGUGAAAGUGAUGAUGACGAGGAUUAUGAAGAUGAAUCAUUACAAGAGUCAAAUAAUGCUGGAUCUGCUAGUGGACAAGAUGUUGGAGAAAACAAACAUAAAGUUUAUUGGCAAUUCAUUGAAAAUAUGUUGACCAAUUUAAAUUCACUUUCUCUUGAGAGGAUAAGAUCAAUGUUUAACAUGUUUGCUUGUCCAAAUGGAUCAAGUGAGCAACCUUUAACCAUCCAGCAACUUCGAAACUUCCUCGAAACAAAAGUUAAAGAACAUAAGUUAGUCUUUAGCAAUGGCCAAUAUAGACUUGCCUAAAAAUCAUCGUUUUCCAUGCAUCUCGAUCAAUUCGCACCUUAUUGUAAAAUACUGAAUUUGCUCAACUCUUUAUAAUUCUAUGAAGAUAUUUAUGCAUUUAAACGUCACUUCUUAUUAAAUUUUUUAUUUUUUCAAA